UCCAAUAUGGCUUCACGGGUUACAGGACAGGGAAGAGGUCGUGUUAAAUAGCAGAUUUUUACUAGAAUAAGUGAGCUUUUCUGUCAGUGUACGGAAGCAUGAGGCUAGUUAUCAGAGUGCUGAGACAGUUUGAGGGGAAAACGCGGCUCGGUCCGGUAGUUUGGCUCAGAUCUGUGUCGGACAGUCCGCCUGUACGCAGUGAUGUGAGCGAUAUUAAGGCGGUUAAAGGAGAGCAGAGCUGGCUGUGUGCGUCCUCUGCGCCUGUUUUACAGACAGUGCGGGGACACGUCGAGGUGAGAGAAAACUUCAUCACAGAGGAAGAGGAGAAUGCUCUUCUCAAAGAGCUAGAGCCAGGACUGAAGAAGAAGAGAUAUGAGUUCGACCACUGGGAUGACGCCAUUCAUGGUUACAGGGAGACGGAGCGGCUGCAGUGGGGGAGUGCAUGCGCUGCAUUGUUGGGCCGUGUUAGAGCCGUUGCUUUUCCAGAAGGAAGUCCUCUGCUGGGGCCUGUGCAUGUCUUGGACCUCGACAAGGCUGGCUACAUCAAACCUCAUGUGGACAGUGUAAAGUUCUGUGGAAGCACCAUUGCUGGGCUCAGCCUGUUGUCUGACAGUGUCAUGCGGUUGGUCCGAGAGGAGAGCCCAGUGGAUUGGGUGGAUUUGCUGUUAAGUCGCCGUUCUCUUUACAUCCUGAGGGAUGAAGCACGCUUUAAAUUCACACAUGAGAUCCUGAAGGAUGACUAUUCUUUUUUCUCAGGACAGAGGGUCCCUCGCCAUCGUCGUAUCUCUGUUAUUUGCAGGAACCUUCCUGUUUAGAUAUUCAGGUGGAGGACUUUAAGGAGCAACACUGGUUUGGGAGGCAUUAGGUGGAUCCCACUUUCUCUGGCUUAUAUUUAAAAGUUUUGUCAUUAUUAUAGGCCCCUUUUUCAAGACUGUGCCGUAAGUUCGUACUCAGAGUACUACAAAAACACUUUGAUACAAUGUGACUUGCAAAGACGUGGAUGUGUGAGGCGUGAUCUUCAGUGGUGGACAAAGUAUAAAAAUCUUGUACUUGCUUGGGUGCAACACAUGGCACCUUAAUAGAAAUUGGUUAUCAAACAUAACUAUACUUCAAAACAUUUACUCUUAAUACUGCUUCUACCACCAGUGGGCGCUGUUAGAACACUUUAGAACAACCUUGGCAGUUGUGGUGUGUGCAGUAUGCUGUUAUUGACUAUCUGUACCCACUCAAAAUUGCAGAUAACGGAGGAUAAAAGGCUUCUUUAAAUAAAAAGGCCAAAGUGACCUGUUGUUUGCAUAAAGGUGAACCCUCAUUCAUUUAUAGUUUAAAGCUCAGAAUGAUAUUUACUGAUCUUAAUUUGUCGUCUUUAUCAGUCAGCAUUAAACCUGUCAGCUUAAUAUGUUCGUAUUUAUCAUAUAAAA